CUUAAUGGUCGUUAGUUAUAGGCUACUGUAGCACUGUGUUGCAUUUCCUAAUAAAACAUACUGUACAGUUGCAUCACAAAUCUUAAAUGUACAUUAUCUUAUAUAAAUGUACAUAGAUUUAAAUAUAUUUAGUAUAUUUCGUUGGUGGAUGCAGAGAAGCACCUACUAGUUUAUGCAGUUUUAUUGGAUGGUAAAAAUCUAAAGCAGGAACUUCAUGUGCAAAGGCAUCACACUCUCUUAAAUUAAAGCCAAUCCUCAACAGUCUCUCAUAUCACGAAUGCGCGCGUUGGAAAACAGCAAGUUCACAUGAAGUGCAUUUGAACUGCACAAGUUACGGAAAUCGAUUGUAUGGUCCGGAAUGGUUCAAGACUUUUGCAACAGUUUUUGAUCAAAAGUAUUGUCGGACUCCAUCUCCUUGGAAUUCUUUUAUUAUUAUUAUUAUUCUAAAUCCUCAAUGACUGAAGAAAACUCAUCUGAACAAGAUUGUAUGUUGGUUAAUUACUGCUGGAACCAAGAAGUUAAGGGCAGAGGAACAUAGAGGGAAAUAAGAAGUUCAAAAUCUCUCUACACAUAAGUUUUAAACAUGGAAACUCAAGACCCUGAUGUUAUUGAGGCAGUAAAGUUAUCAGGGGAAUCCACACUGGAAAAAGCUACAGCAAAAGCUAAAGCAGAAUUUGAACAGUUGUUAAAUGUUUCACUUAACAUCGCUGUGACUGGAAGGACAGGAGCUGGGAAAUCCUCCUUUGUAAAUGCACUUAGGGGUUUAGGAGAUGAUGCUGAUGGAGCAGCCCUCACUGGAGUCACAGAAACUACAAUGAAGGCCACCAUGUAUGAGCACCCUGCGAUGCCAAAUGUGAAAGUCUGGGAUCUGCCUGGAAUAGGAAGUCCAAACUUUAAAGCAAAUAAAUACCUUAAAGAUGUCAAAUUCAGCACAUAUGAUUUCUUCAUCAUCCUUAGCUCAGAGAGGUUCCAGCAGAAUGACAUCAUGCUGGCUAAAGAAAUAAAAAAUGCAAAGAAAAAAUUUUACUUUGUUCGAUCCAAGAUUGACAAUGACAUCUUGGCAGAGCAAAGGAAAAAGGAGUUUGAUGAGCAGAAAACUCUUUCUAAAAUAAGAGAGGACUGUCAGAAAAACUUGAAAGAGGUGGGAAACCCCAAGAUUUUCUUGAUAUCAGUUUAUGACUUAGAGAAAUAUGAUUUUGAAAAGCUUCAAAACUCCCUGGAAGAAGAGCUUCCACAGCAUAAGAGAUCUGCUCUUCUACAAGCCUGGCCAGUGUGCUCUGCUGAGUCUCUCGAGAAGAAGAUUACAUUUUUUAAAAGAGUGAUCUGGGCUGCAGCUCUCGCCUCUGCUGGUAUAGCAGUUGUCCCUGUGCCUGGCCUGUCAGCAGCAUGUGAUGCAGGGAUUGUGUUGCUUUUCUUCACAAGAUGCUACUAUGCAUUUGGCUUGGAUGAUGGAUCAAUUAAAAAGCUUUCAGAAAAAGUGAACAAGCCGUUGCAGAAAUAUCUGGGUAAAUCAAAGAUUGCUGCUGCCAUCCAAAAUAAAACACUUACCAGAUUACAAGUUUCUGCAUCAAUCGCAACACUGGCUACCUUUGAAUGGUUUGCUAGUCUCUUUCCAGGUGUGGGCAGUGUUGCUGCUGCAGGAUUGUCCUUUGGCACUACACUUUACCUCUUGAGAGAAGGAUUAAAUGAACUGGCAAAUACUGCUAGAGAAAUCAGAAAAGAAGCUGGACUGGACCCGAUGUGCAGUAACUCCUAGCUGGCCUGAACAUAUGUUUUGUUUUUUAUAAUCAUCUAAAGAAUGUGUGUUGUCUAUUGCUUUUGUUUAUUGACCUUGUAAUGGAAAUUUAUUAAGACUUUGUAUUCUAUUGUUUCUCUACUUUGUACUUUGAGGUCUCUCUGUCUAUUCUCUCACCUGCAUACCAUAUAAUGUGUGGGCGCUCUGUACUAUGCUUGGUGAUAAAAUGUGUGAGUCCUUUAUGUAACCCUACUUUUCAUUCUGCCCAGCAACAGCGUUAGUAGAGUAAGACACGAGAUGUUCACAUGCCUGAGGCAUGGACGAAGCAUGGACACUGAGUGGUCAGUGAAGAGAGGGGCCAGUCUGCUCCUGGCACAGGGUAUCACUGAAAAAAUGCAGAGCAAAAAGCUCUUUUUGCUCUGAAAAAAGAGCAAAAAGCUCUUUUUGCUCUGCACCUGUGGAAACUUUUGAUUUCUGUAGACUACUUCCAAAGAUAUUUUCUGACUCUGAGUCUCUUAUUUUACAAAAUUUCCACAACAAUCUAUUACCUGUAGAAACAGGUUCUGCCUCUGUCAUGGACUAAAUAUUCAUAUGAUGUUGUUUGUUAGAUUGUGUGCUGAUGUUGGAGUUAUGUCAUGAUGAGUGCCAGACUGUAUACAUUUAUAUUUGAUCAGUUUAAACAGUUUCAUUUUGGGCUUUUAUUUAUUGCAUCUUUAAUAAUUUUCACUGCUAAGACACCAAAAUGUUAUCUCAAUCUCAUAAUUUUGCAGUUGCAUAGAAUCAUGUAUAAUGUACAGUAUAAUACGUAAUAAAAUAAAAAUGUGUUUUAUAUUUUUGUUGAUUUUUGUGAUACAUUUUUUUCUAUCAGGAAGACUCGCAGACUUGAGUGAAAUUUAAGAUUACAUUUAUUUGAUAAACAUUAAACAGAAAAGUAAUGUCUCUCUUUGGCGUAGGCCCUGUCUAGCGGUUCGAAGAAGUUGUACUUGGAACCAUCAUAUCCUGCCGGACUCAACUGGUGGCGGUGGGGUGGUGGAGGUUGCUAUGUUAGCACACUGAAACAGCAAUGUGAUAGAUUGUGAGCAGACUUAUAAAGCAAUGGCUUACAUGUGAUUAACUGGGAAUUACCCAGCUAAUGGUGCGAUGAUGUACAGCUGCUAGUCUUAUCGCUUACAUGUACCGUAUAUGCCACUAUACAACUAUACUAUACUUAAUUUUUAACAAACUUCCCAACUGUUCAUAACCAGUUAAAGAAGUCAUCAUGACCUGUGUUGUAAUGAGUUGUAAUGAGUGUUGUAAUGACAAUUAAGUUUAAUUUGGAAACUAUACAUGGCACAGGAUGAUAGGUCAACCAGGCACUCCUCUGUCUACUGCCUCUUUCCCUCUUUUAAAAAUAUAUAAAACUGGUACUCAUCUAACACUAUGCCCCUUCAACUGGCCACAGCAGGGCCGUUAGAUGCAGCGUUCACCCUCCACCAUCCCCAGCCCCACCUGCCUAGAUCUGCUUAAUGCAAGAUGUAUCUUGCUGUUUGUACAGUAGUAGCAGCAUGACACUUCUGUCUUAGCAGCAUCAUGUGUCCAUGAAAACAGCAGCAGCAUAUUGACUCAUUUCAAGCAGCAGCAGCAGCAGCAGCAGCAGCAGCAGCAUAUGUAAAUAUCUAGUCUGCCAAUACCAAAUCUACUCCAC